AUGUUUACACAAUCGGGUAUGCAAAUUGUGGUAAUGACAAUAGUCUAUCUCUGCAUAGCUAACACUGCACUUGCAACAUCAACCGAUAUGGAACAAGAAGAUCAACAGAAACCUUCAACACGCUUAUUCGGACAAUUCAAUGCUGAACCCAACUAUAUUUUGACUGAUCGUCCAUAUUACAGCAAUGAUGUCGAUACAGAUGCGAUUUUUCACACAAAACGACAACUGAAAAAGAAAUGGGCGAAGUAUAUACAAGGAUCUCAGUCACCUUAUACUAUUGCAUUUCCUGCUCUUAUUCGUACACGUCGAUGGAUCGACCAAGAACAAUAA